GUCCGCCACCGUGUUAUGGGCGUGCGCAACUGCCUCGACGGCAAUAAUAUGUCAGGACAACGCCAUAUCCCCCUUGAACUCGGGGAACAGCCCGAGCAACCAUCUUUGGAGGCCCCAGGGGCAGCUGCCCCCAGUGCUGGGCCUGGCGCAGCCGAAGAGAUGGAGACCGAACCGCCUCACAGCGAGCCCAUCCCCAUCCAGAUUGAAGGUGAGGCCUGUGGACCCCCAGAGGUCUCCAGGCCCAACUUCCAGAGCCUCAGCCAAGCCAUCGAGGAAGUCGGAGCCCAUGGAGGCUACAGCCCACCUCCUGAGGAAGCCAUGCCCUUCGAGGUUGAGCAGCCCAGCAUGGGAAGCUUCUGGCCUACCCUGGAGCAGCCUGGAGACACCCCUGGGGCCCAUGCAGGCCUUGAGGCCUUCUGCCCAGCACUCCUGGAGCCCGGAGCCUUCGGUGAUGCCAGCCCAGGCCUGGGAGGCUACAGCCCUCCACCUGAAGAAGCCAUGCCCUUUGAGUUUGAGCAGCCUGGCCAGGGAGGCUGCAGCCAACCUCUCCUGCAGAUCUCAGACCUUGCUCCAGGAGGCCCAGGUGCCGGGGUCUUCGGCGCUUCUCCCGAGGAGCCCCCAGCCCUCAGACCUCCAAACUCGGGCUUCAGAGGAAGCUGCAGCCCUCCCCCUGAGGAGGCUAUGCCAUUUGAGUUUGAUGGAGCAGCCUUUGGGGACGAGAGCCCACCCCCUGGGCUCCCCCGAGCUAUCCCACAAGUCGACGGCGGUGAUGGCGGCCAGGUCACGGCAGUCGCGGUCCCGAGUGCGGUCCUCCUCGCUCCCGCCGCGAACGAGCCCCCCCUCUGGGUCCCAGGCGCCCUCGGCAGCCCAUCCCGAGAGGCUGUCAGACCUCCUUCACACUUCGUGGGCGACAGCCCCCCGAUGGAGAUCUCCGGACCCCCGCUCGAGAUUGGCAGCGCCCCCGUUGGGGUCGACGACACUCCCGUCAACAUGGACAGCCCCCCAAUCGCGCUUGACGACCCGCCCAUCGAGGUCUCCCGAGCCCCAGUUAAGAGAGAGCAAGCAGAGGGAGAGGGACCCCCAGUUGAGGGAGAAGCAGGAGAGAUGGAAGGAGGCUCAGCCGCCGCUGCCGCGGAGGGAGGAAAAGUCCCCUCUCCCGGGGAAGGAGCCCCUGCCGCUGGGGCCGCUCCCGCGGUCUCUGCCGCUCCUGCCGCCGGGGCAGCCCCAGCCGCUCCUGCCGCUCCAGCCGCCAGGGCAGUCCCUGCCGCCCCAGCCGCUCCUGCCGCCGGGACAGCCCCUGCCGCUCGGGCAGCCGCUGCUGCCCCUGCCUCCGGAGCCCGACCCAAGCUCCGUUUCCUUAGACCCCCCAGCCCCGAGAUCCAGGUUGCCGAUCCGCCUACUCCGCAGCCUACUCGCGCGUUUGCCUGGCGGGGCAGGUCUGAGCGCGGCCGCGACGACGACGAGGGGUCGGUCAGCAGCAGCGGAGACGAAUCCGACGAUGGGACCUCCGGGUGCCACCGUUGUGUACAGCCCCGGCGAAAUCGCCGCCGCCGAAAGCCCCAGCGCAACUUGCUCCGCAACUUCCUCUCGCAAGCCUUCGGGGGCUGCUUCGGCCGAUCUGAGAGCCCCCAGCCCAAAGCCCCGCGCAGCCCCAAGGUCAAGAAGGUUCCUCUGGCGGAGAAGCGCAGACAAAUGCGCAAGGAAGCCCUGGAGAAGCGUGCUCAGAAGCGCGCAGAGAAGAAACGCAGCAAGCUCAUCGACAAGCAACUCCAGGACGAAAAGAUGGGUUACAUGUGUACGCAUCGCCUGCUGCUUCUAGGUGCUGGAGAAUCUGGUAAAAGCACCAUUGUGAAGCAAAUGAGGAUCCUGCAUGUUAAUGGGUUUAAUGGAGAGGGCGGCGAAGAGGACCCGCAGGCUGCAAGGAGCAACAGCGAUGGUGAGAAGGCAACGAAGGUGCAGGACAUCAAAAACAACCUGAAAGAGGCCAUUGAAACCAUUGUGGCCGCCAUGAGCAACCUGGUGCCCCCUGUGGAGCUGGCCAACCCUGAGAACCAGUUCAGAGUGGACUACAUUCUGAGCGUGAUGAACGUGCCCGACUUCGAUUUCCCUCCCGAAUUCUACGAGCACGCCAAGGCUCUGUGGGAGGACGAGGGAGUGCGUGCCUGCUACGAGCGCUCCAACGAGUACCAGCUGAUCGACUGCGCCCAGUACUUCCUGGACAAGAUCGAUGUCAUCAAGCAGGCUGACUAUGUGCCCAGCGAUCAGGAUCUGCUCCGCUGCCGCGUCCUGACUUCUGGAAUCUUUGAGACCAAGUUCCAGGUGGACAAAGUCAACUUCCACAUGUUUGACGUGGGUGGCCAGCGCGAUGAACGCCGCAAAUGGAUCCAAUGCUUCAAUGAUGUGACUGCCAUCAUCUUCGUGGUGGCCAGCAGCAGCUACAACAUGGUCAUCCGGGAGGACAACCAGACCAACCGCCUGCAGGAGGCUCUGAACCUCUUCAAGAGCAUCUGGAACAACAGAUGGCUGCGCACCAUCUCUGUGAUUCUGUUCCUCAACAAGCAAGACCUGCUCGCUGAGAAAGUCCUUGCUGGAAAAUCGAAAAUUGAGGACUACUUUCCAGAAUUUGCUCGCUACACUACUCCUGAGGAUGCUACUCCCGAGCCCGGAGAGGACCCACGCGUGACCCGGGCCAAGUACUUCAUCCGCGACGAAUUUCUGAGAAUCAGCACUGCUAGUGGAGAUGGGCGCCACUACUGCUACCCCCACUUCACCUGCGCUGUGGACACGGAGAACAUUCGCCGUGUGUUCAACGACUGCCGUGACAUCAUCCAGCGCAUGCACCUUCGUCAGUAUGAGCUGCUCUAAGAAGGGAACCCCCAAAUUUAAUUAAAGCCUUAAGCACAGUUAAUUAAAAGUGAAACGUAAUUGUACACGCAGUUAAUCACCCACCAUAGGGCAUGAUUAACAAAGCCACCUUUCCUUUCCCCCUCGAGUGAUUGGCGAAAUCCCUGUUCCCUUCAGCUUGCUUAAAUAUAUUCCAAAUUUAGAAAGCUUAAGGCGGCCUACAGAAAAGAAAAAGGCCACAAAAGUUCCCUCUCUCUUUCAGUAAGUAAAAUAACAGCAGCAAACAGAAAUAAAGAAAUAAAUGAAAUAAAUAUCGUCUUGUGGAGCAUUAAAAAAAAUCAAAAUAAAAAUUAAAUGUGAGCAAAGGA